UCGUCUCCCCCGAAACAGCAAAACCCACUCCCCCACUCCACCACCUCCUCGCAGGCCUCCUCCUCCCCCUCUCCCUCCCGGGCGGCCCCGGCGGAGACCACAAACCCUGGCGGCCGGAGCCUCGCAGGUAAACAUAUCCUUGCAAUGGGUGCUGCUGGCAAUGGCAGCAACCCAUAUUCUUUACAUGUUGGAGAAAGAGAUGACAAAAGUAGCAACACAAAGUUAUGUUCAGACUUUACUGCAGCUGAAAUGCAAGUGAACCCUCUCAAUGAUGAUCUAUCUUUGGUUCACGUAAAACUUGAACAGUCAAUGUCAAGUGUACAAGCUUUUGUUGCUGAGCACAUGACCUCAAAAGAACUUGAUAUGGAUUGGAGCAAGGAGGCUGUUGGACUGGAUGGUUUCAGAUAUGUAGGCUGCAAUGACCUAAGGGAUGUUGCAUUGAAUAGCUUGCACAUGUUCUUCAAGACCGCAGUUCAGAUGUUAUCCUCUGAAGGUUACACCGAGGAUGCUGUUGUAAAUGCCAUCGUAGACUCUGCACUCUGUUACCAGUAUGACGGGCCUAUCGAUAAGAUUACGGAGCAUGCACGCACAUUGCUACAGAGCGGUGGUCAUCAGGUUGAUUAUUCCAGCAGUGAGAAUGUUGACACAGUUUUGCACAUGUUGGGCUUGUUUUUUCUUUGCAAUGCAUCAAGUUUGCUUAAGACAUGCUGUCCAUUUUUCACCUUGGGAGAUGCAUUGUGGUGCAUUCUGCUGUGCGACCUGGAUAUCUCUAUUACUCGUGCAGCUUUUAGUCAUACGAGUGGUUAUGGGAAUGGACAAUCAGAAGGGCAUGCUCCUAGACAGUGUAACUUAUGCGAAGCUCGUGAGAAUGUAAAUGAGAUAUCAGAAGAAUGUGGUUGUGGUAGUAGUAGAGGCACAGAAUCGCCUGCACAAUUUGAGCCAUCUCAAUCUGAAGCAGCCCAAAGGGUGUGGAGCAAUAUUCUGGCAAAUUAUAUAGUUUCAGUUCAAAAUUCCGCUACGAAAAAUCAAGACACUUCUUCUACUCAAGAUGAAAAUUCUCCUUCGGUGCCUAGGGCUGUGGUUCAGCGUAGCAAAAAAGCAACGAAAGGCAACCGUAGUAAGACUAACUCCAUAAAGUAUCAGAAAGACUCUGGCAAGGAUCUGGUCGUUUUCAAGAACAUUCCACACGUCAAGGGUAUAGGUAAAACAUCUUCAAGAAUGCUGAAAGAGAGUAAAUCACUAAUGGCAUUCCUUGGAUCUGCGCAGAACACUUCCACAGGCAUUUCGGAGGUAGCCAAUAAAAAAUGCUUACAACCAGCCACAUUAGUUCCAACACAACCUGUUUCUGGACCUUCGUCGGUCAAAAGUAGAGAUUCACCAGCAAUGGUUUCAACUGGGUCACUUUCUUCUCAUGCUAGCUGUUCCUCCAUCUCAUCAUCUAGUGCAAUGGUAGAGUCUAUGCUGCAAAUGGAACCUGAUGUUGUACAGUUAUCUCUCCCACAUACCACCCCUGCAGAGGGCUUUGAAUUUAAUUUCUCACGUGACGGCAUGCAGACCACUUGGGUUCCAAAAGAGAGGGAAGAGGAGCUUGCUCUAGAACUAGUGCAGCGUCUGGGCGAGCUAAAGCUGGAGGUGAAAGUUUGGACAGAUUGGGCUAAUGAGAGGGUGAUGCAGUCAACAAAUAGGCUGGUAAAUGAAAGGUCCAUCCUUCUAUCUCUUAAAAAGGAUAAGGCAGAUGUUGAAGAGCCUGAUGUAUUUAACAGAAAGAAGCUUGAGGAGACACAAAGGGCACUAGACAGUACUUCUGAUGAGCUCAAUCGUGUUAAUUCUUGUGUUCAGGAGCUUACAGAUAAGGUUUCACAUUCUAGGCGUGAGAAGAAAGCUGUCCAGCUACAGGGAAAGAAAGCAGAUGAACGUUUGGCUAACCUUUUAAGCAAGGAAAACGAGUUGAUGGACGGACUGAAGUCCAUGGAAACAGAGAAGAGCUUUUUGCAGGAGGAGCUUGUUGCUGAAAGAAGUAAACUAUCCAAUCUUCUGAAAAGUCUUGAGCAAGCUAGAAGAUCUGAAGAUUCAGUAAAGAAAAGGUGCCAGGAAGGAGCGAAGAUGCUAGAUGCAGUUACGAAGCAGGUCAACUCUGAAAGAACUGCACUUGAGCGGAUUGAUACAUCAGCGAGAACAAAGUCUAGCAAUCUGUUGCUGAAAGCGCAGAAAGAUCAGGAAUGGCUGCAGGCCAACAUCAGGAAUCUCAAACAGCAGGUAGGUGAAAUGACUAGCAGCAGCAAGCUUCAGAGGGUCGCAAUGUUCAUGCCCCCUCCAGGGUUCGCGAUGGAUUCCGUACAACGGGAGCAAGAAUGUGCCAUGUGCUUGGAAGAGGAGGUUUCGGUGGUUUUCCUCCCAUGUGGGCAUCAGGUGGUUUGUGCAGGCUGCAACCAACGCCACCAAGAGGUGGGCAUGACAGAGUGCCCAUCCUGCAGGUCUCCCAUCGAGCGAAGGAUCUGUGCUCGCUUCGCUGACAGCUAAGGUGAAUGUACAUCUGGUGGGGAAGAACAGGAGUUAUAGUCUUUUGCCUUUGUUAGCUAAAACAGCCGUCGUCUAAAACCAAACUGCUGCUAAGAGCAGAGUAGAUGUGUAGGUGCGUUCCUCAAAAGUCCUGACCUCAGUUGGCGUUGGCGGAAAUACAGUUGGAAAGUAUGCUCGUUCUAGGAUGCUAGUUUCUGGUGGAAUCGGAAUGUUACCAUGUUAACUAUUACCAUAUAUACUUGCUUGGUGGGAAAAAAACAAAAACUAUUACGCUAUGUAGUGCGGAAUGCCUAAAGUGGCCUCAGGUUCUUGUAAAAUAUGGCAUGGGAUAUCUGAGAAAGCACAUUGGUAUUUUGCGUUA